AUGCAGGUCCAAUGGGGGAUGAUGCAACACUGGGAGGUAUUUACUCUUGCUGACCGCCCUGCCAGCAAGAACAUAGUCAAACCGCUCUGGACUUUUGGCUACAAAUAUGAUGCCAAGGAGGAGAUAACCAAAUGGAAGGCUCGACUUGUGGCAAAAGGGUACACACAGAUUCCUGGACUCGACUUUGACCAGAUGUAUGCAUCAGUUGUGCGCCUCGAGUCAAUGAGGAUGACAGCUGCCAUUAUCACAUGCAAGCAUCUCAAGCCUUGGCAAAUUGACUACGUUGCUGCAUACCUCAAUAGCAAUAACAAAUUCGAGGUAUACAUGGAACAACCCUGGCCAUUUGUGGUACAGGGGAAGGAGGACAUGGUACUAUGGGUCAACAAAACGGUCUACGGAAUGAUGCAGGCAGCAUACGACUGGGAGGAUGAGCUGUCAAGAACAUACAAGGAACUUGGAUACUACCAGUCUCAGGCUGACCCCUGCAUCUGA